CCCGCCCGCGCCUGCGCACCACCGCUCCCUCUCCGCGUCGGCGCCGGCGGAAGAUGGCCAAGCGCACUAAGAAGGUCGGGAUCGUGGGUAAAUAUGGGACCCGUUAUGGUGCAUCCCUCAGGAAAAUGGUGAAGAAGAUUGAAAUCAGCCAGCAUGCCAAGUAUACCUGCUCCUUCUGUGGCAAGACAAAAAUGAAGAGGAAGGCUGUGGGUAUCUGGCACUGUGGAUCCUGCAUGAAGACAGUUGCUGGUGGUGCCUGGACUUACAAUACCACCUCUGCGGUGACAGUCAAAUCUGCCAUCAGAAGACUGAAGGAACUGAAAGACCAGUAGGAGCUACUUCCUGUUCUCCUUGUGAAACAUCUUUUUUUCUCCACCAUCAGGAUCUGUCCUUUUAUCAAUAAAAGGGUUAUGAUGGAGUGGAA